AAAACUAGAAAAAAAACAAAACAUAGAAGCUUGAAAGUAAAUUAACAAAACACAAACAACAGCUACAUAAGUCUUCUCUUUUUCAUCAUUAUCUAUCGGAACCUAAAGCUGCUCUUAGUGUCAAGUCGAGCUAAAGAUAGGUUUGUCAUGGUAUGAAGAAACUCAAGAUCUAUAAAAAGUAUAUAUUUUGGAUGAUUUCAUCAUACAAGGCAUUUUCAAGUCUCAUAAAUGCCAUUAAAUUAUUCCAAGCAAAGACAUCUUCAGCUCCUCUCUCCACAGGUCUAUGUUUCUUUGACUCAGUAUCAGCUACUCUUCACCAGCUCUAUCACCAACCUUAUCAGGUUGAACUCAUCCCCAACAUCUCCAUUUGUCUACAAGGAACCACGACUCUUCUGUAAGGUUUGGAUGCCUAUUUCAAAGACCGUGCUUAGACACUUUAUGUAUCAUUCAACAGCAGUUAUGAGACUUAGAGACUGGACGUCUAGAAAAGGACAUUUUUCUACUGGAAGAUGCUUGAUAAAAAGAUUGUGAUCUUAGAAAGUUUAAAUCUAUAGAUCCAUCUGGAUAUUGUACUACUUGUUCAAUAAUUGAAUUUUGUUCUUCUAUUUCUGUCUUCAUUAUGGAAUCGAAAUGCGAAUUAUCCUUUUUAAUACAUCAUCCCAUUUUAUCAUUUUUGGGAUAAAGGUAUUAUUAUGAUUAAGGUUAGCUUUCAUAAGAAUGGUAGCUCCAUUAUUACUAAUUAUUUUUGCCUAAGGGGCUAAGGUUGUUUUCAUUAAUUUGUAAUAUACUCUAUAUAUUAUUGCUAUUUCUCUUGUAUUUACCUUACUAUUCAUGUUUUUUGUUUUAACAUUUAA